AGCUGGUCGAAGCACUACGGGUUCCGUUAUUACACGCUCGCGCUUGCUUUAUACGCUAAGCACACGUGUGCAGUGUUUACCCUGUAACACAUAUCCAGGCUACUGGACGUCAGCUAACCGGCUAAGGUAGAAACGCAAGAAAGCGGUCAUGGCUUGGCGUCCCCCGCGCCCUCACCUGUGAGAAGGUGCUGGGACGAUGUUCUACGCUCACUUUGUCCUCAGCAAACGUGGGCCGCUGGCCAAAAUUUGGCUGGCGGCCCACUGGGACAAGAAGCUGACCAAGGCACAUGUGUUUGAAUGCAACCUGGAGAGUAGUGUGGAGAGCAUUAUUUCACCAAAGGUAAAAAUGGCUUUGCGCACAUCUGGCCACUUACUUCUGGGUGUUGUUCGGAUCUACCACAGAAAAGCCAAGUACCUGCUUGCUGACUGCAAUGAAGCUUUUAUUAAGAUUAAAAUGGCAUUUCGUCCAGGUGUGGUGGAUUUGCCUGAAGAAAACCGUGAAGCUGCCUAUAAUGCUAUCACCUUGCCUGAGGAGUUUCAUGACUUUGAUCAGCCACUUCCAGACCUGGAUGACAUAGACGUUGCCCAACAGUUUACCCUCAAUCAGUCUCGUGUGGAGGAAAUCACCAUGCGAGAGGAGGUGGGCAACCUCAAUUUACUGCAAGAAAAUGACUUUGCUGAUUUUGGGAUGGACGAUCGAGAGAUGAUGCGGGAGGAAAGUGCUUUUGAGGUGGACAUCAUUAAUGGAGCUUCUGCUUCCAACCUGCUUCUGGAACCAGAGUCUACCAGUGGUCAGAUAACAGAUAAAACUAACCACCUGGAGUAUGACCAGUACAAAGAUGACUUUGGAGACAAUCCGAUGGAGAGCAGUGAGGGAGGCAUGCUAGUGGACAAGCUCUUAAGUAAUGAGGAUGGGGGUGGCAUUUUUGAUGAUCCACCUGCCAUUACUGAAAGUGUUAUGAUGCCACAGGAUCAUGGUGGAGAUGACGAUGACGAUUUUGACAACCUGUCCCCAGCGGGAGGUCCAGACAGUCCAGACUCUGGGCCUGUAGAGCAGCUUCCCACCAUGACAGACCAGACAGAGCAGACCACACUUGUGCACAAUGAGGAGGAGGCCUUUGCCCUCGAGCCUAUUGACAUCACAGUGAAGGAGACAAAAGCUAAGAGGAAGAGGAAGUUGAUUGUGGAUAGUGUAAAGGAACUGGACAGUAAGACUAUUCGGGCUCAGCUGAGUGAUUACUCAGACAUCGUCACAACUCUUGACCUGGCUCCCCCGACUAAGAAGUUGAUGAUGUGGAAGGAGACAGGAGGGGUGGAGAAGCUCUUUUCCUUGCCUGCACAGCCACUAUGGAAUAGCAGACUCCUUAAGAUGUUCACACGGUGCCUGACUCCUCUAGUGCCAGAGGAGCUAAGGAAGAGGAGAAAGGGUGGAGAAGCUGACAGCCUAGAUGAAUUUCUCAAAGAUCUGGAGAACCCAGAGGUACCUAGAGAGGAAGCACUGUCUCAGAGAGACAUAAUCGAUCAGACAAUUCUUGAGGAGCCCAGUGUGUUGCAGGCCUCUGCCAUGGAGGGCAGUCGCACCACUCUGGAUGAGUCAGUCAUGCCCCCUCCCUCUAACCAUCGUGGCCAGAAGCGCAAGGUCCAGGACACAGAGCCUGCUCUGCCUAUGCUGGAGGAUGACCGUUCUUCUAUCGUGUCGACACGGCUCAACGUGCAGCAAGUAGAGCUCCCUCCAGAAGAACCUGCAAGCAUUUCCCAACUCAUCCCUGAGCUAGACCUACUUGGAGAGAAGAGCAAGGAGAAAAAGGAUGAUGAGGAGGAAGAAGAGGAGGAGGAGGGUCAAGGUGGAGACCUGGACCAGGAGGAGAGGAGAUGGAAUAAGAGGACACAGCAGAUGCUACAUGGCCUGCAGCGGGUGAUUGCCAAAACAGGAGCAGAAUCAAUCAGCCUGCUAGAGCUUUGCAAGAACAACAACAGAAAGCAGGCAGCAGCCAAGUUUUACAGCUUCCUUGUGCUGAAAAAGCAGCAGGCGGUAGAGCUGACACAGGCUGAGCCUUACAGCGACAUCAUCGCCACUCCCGGUCCCAGAUUCCACAUCAUAUAAACAGUCAAGUGAGAUUUACACUAACAGGUUGUUUUUGUUCGUUUCUUUUGUUUUUUUUGUUUGUUUUCUGUACAUGACUUGUUAUCUUUAUCUGUCUGUCAUUUAUGUAACUCACAUGUGACAUCUGUAUCUCAAAUAGAAAAUGAGAUUUUAUGGAUCUUCUAAAUACUAUACUGUAGAAUCAUGUUGCAGUCGUAUAGCAGAACUACAGAGCAAAAAUAGUUGGGUAGUGGAUUUUAGCACUCGUAUGAAAAAUUAUAUUCAUUUUUAAGAUCUCUUUCGUUCAUAUUUUGUCAGCUAAUUUCUUAUUUAUAUUCUGGAAUGGAUUAGGUCAAAUCUUUUUGCAUGCUUCAUAUGGAAUAUGUCACCUGACAUAUAAAAGGUCUGUUUUAUUGUAACACUAAUAUCACCUUGAAUAAGCUAACAAGUGCUCUAACACCAACAUUAGAACUUUAAUUGACAACAUAAUGAAAAAAAGUGUUUCUAAUAUAGAAACAAUGCAAUUCUCAAUGCCCAAUUUUAAAUGGGUUUUUAAAAGUUUUUCUUUCUUCAAAAGUGGUCCUUUCCCCAGUGCUCCCAGAGCAUGAAUGUUCUGAACAUAUAAACUAAGGGCAGCUUUAAAUUUGUCAUGUAGACAAAGCUGAGACUCAUAGUUAAUAACUGUGAUUAUAUAUAUUAGAUUAAAUUAUAUAUUGAUAUUGUGCCAUUUAUUUAAAAUGUUUUUCUUCAUUGAUUGUGCAAGCAUUGUGUAUUAAAGGCUAGUACGUCAUAAAUGUUACAGAACUGGCAACUAUUCAUCUUUAUAUUUACCUUAUGUGAUAGAGGUGAUCAUGGCCUGUAACAGUACAUCUUUUAUUUAAACUUGCCUUUUAUUUAGGCAUAUUUACUUCUCAUUCAGCUUGUUUAUAUGGAAACUGUUGAAAAUACUAAGUAUUACAGCCACACUUUGUUAUUGAGAUUAUUGCCUGUAGCCCUGAGCUGAUGCAUGUGUUGUCUAAUUUUUGUAAUAAAACAUUGAAAGGAAAAUUA